CCAAAUCAUUUUGUGUCCACUGUGGACUGACUGACACACUACUGCUGUUGUGUUUGUGUUGUAAAUCUUUCCUGGCUCCUCCCUCAUGUUUUAGACCGAAUCAUUUCCUGGCAUGAAUACUGGUCUGUUCAGUUUGAAGACUUACAGCAGCUGUGUGUAAAUCUCUUUUAUUAUGGCUUUAGUGGAAACACUUCUCCUGAAUGUCUCCAGCACAGGAGCUUUACUCGCUGCUCUUCUGCUGCUUUUGGUUAUUUAUUUCUGCUUCAGGUCUCCAGAAGAUGACCAAGAACCUCCAGGACCCAAACCACUGCCACUCGUGGGAAACCUGCACAUUCUCGACCUUAAACAACUUCAUGUGAGCCUCUUGAAUUUAUCCAAGAAAUAUGGGUCAGUGUUCCAAGUUCAUCUUGGACCCAAAAAGAUUGUGGUUUUGGCCGGAUACAAGACGGUUAAACAAGCACUGGUGAACCAAGCUGACGAAUUCGGGGAAAGAGACAUCACACCUGUAGUCCAAGACAUGAAUAAAGGACACGGAAUCAUCUUUACGAAUGGUGACACGUGGAAAACCAUGAGAAGAUUUGCUCUCUCAACUCUUCGAGAUUUUGGGAUGGGAAAAAAACUGAGCGAAGAAAAAAUUAUUCAGGAGACGCGAUAUCUGCGGGAAGUGUUUGAGAACUUCCAAGGAAAUCCUUUUGAUACAUCCAAGCCCGUAAAUUAUGCCGUUUCCAACAUCAUCUCAGCUAUUGUUUAUGGAAACCGGUUCGAAUAUGACGACUCAACGUUUAAAGAAAUGGUUAACAGGGCAAACCGGAACAUCCUCAUGAUCGGCUCUGCUGCCAUACAGAUCUACAACAUGUUUCCAGUGCUUAGGCCAUGGCUGAAGACCUGGAGACUUCUAAUGGAAAGUAUGGAGAGCAACCUGGCUGAAAUGCAGGUCCUGGUGGAUCGCUUACGGGAGACCUUAAACCCUCUCGACUGCAGAGGAUUAGUUGAUGCCUUCCUCAUCCAAAAACAAAGCUUAGAGAAAUCCGGAGAAAAUGGUUCGCAAUUUAAUGAUCUGAACCUGCUCAUGACUGUGUCCAACUUGUUUGCUGCCGGUACUGACACCACCGGCACAACGCUACGCUGGGGUUUACUGUUCAUGGCCAAAUAUCCUCACAUACAAGAUCGGGUUCAUGAGGAAAUUGACAGGGUGCUUGACGGACGUGAACCGGUUACAGAGGACAGGAAGAAUUUACCUUACACAGACGCUGUGAUCCAUGAAAUCCAGAGAAUGGCAAAUUUAGUGCCCUUGAAUCUGCCACAUAAAACCAGCUGUGAUGUGAACUUCAAUGGAUAUCUUAUCAAGAAGGGGACGUGUGUUCUGCCACUGCUGACGUCUGUUUUGAGAGAUGAGAGCGAGUGGAAGACGCCCGACACUUUCAACCCUGAACACUUCCUCGAUAAAAACGGUCAGCUGAUCAAACGUGACGCCUUCAUGCCCUUCUCUGCAGGUCGCAGGAUUUGUUUAGGAGAGGGUUUGGCCAGGAUGGAGCUCUUUCUGUUCUUCACUUCUCUUCUUCAGUGUUUUCACUUCACUCCUUCACCUGGAGUCUCUGAAGAUGAAUUGGAUCUCACACCAGUUGUGGGUCUCGUCUUGAGCCCAUCACCACACAAACUGUGUGCAGUCAGUAGGGCAGAAAAACACAACCUCAAUUCAUAAAUAAAAUAGCAGAAUAACUAGUUAAAUAUAUACCUCAUGAUUGUAAAACAUAAAGACUCUUACAAUGGCAUCCAGUGACUUCUUUUUCGAGGGCGCACAUCUCUUUUCUUAUAAACCAUGCAUGCAGCAGGCUCGUAUUUUGACAAGACGCAUUAUCGGACAAAUAUUUUGAAACUGAGCCCCUCGGAAGAGAAGUCACCAGCCACCACUGGACUCUUGUUUCACAUUAUAAGACUCUUAGACUAUUAUAUUAUCUCAUUAGCUUUUACAUUACACAUGUACAUUCUGUGCCUAAACAUAUUCAAUUGUAUUUUUGUUGGAGUAAAAAUGUAUAUGCUGUAUAAAUAUAUAUAGAUCAUUUAUGCAUUUGACAGAUACUUGUAUGCAAACUGACUUACAGGGCAUUUAAGCUAUGUAUUAGUGUGUGUUCACUGGACCCAUGACCUUCUUGCUGCUACCGCAAUGCUCUACAAG